CCAGUUACAAGCAUUUCCAGGAAUUUCUGAACUGCGUCAGCGCAUUUGCGCGCGAAUUUAUGAAUGAACAGUGGAAUUCAUUCAUAACCGUUCCGCAACUAGUCUCAUUCUUGUAACGUCCGCCUCGGAGUGAGAAGGGUUUCUUGAUAGUGCACGAUGUCCGUCAGUCAGGAAACGCUGGAAAUGAUCAGGGCCGCCGUUAAGAACGGGGCCAAUCCUCAGGGAACUUUCGUUCGUUCGAAGUUAACAAAUCGUCUAGUGUGGCAAGCAACAGAGCAUGACGAGAACGAUCCGUACAAGGAAUAUCUGCAGAUGGUCGGAGUAGCAUUCAAACCGGCGGAAACAUCAUCACCGGUCGACAGAGGACGCAGUGUCCUGGGCGAGAUGCAUGUUAAUGGUCAAUCGAAUAAAGGAAAUUUUGAAGACAAAUGUUUCGAAAAGAAAGGUAACCGCAAUCGUGACAAGGAAAACUGGCAGGAUCACUGGGAGAUUUUGAAGAAAGCUGGAAAAUAUUGUAGUUUCUGCAAAGCCAACCAGGAAAUAUGUGAUAUCUAUUUGUCUCACAAUUUGAAAGGACCGAACGGCGAAGUCACGUGCCCAAUUCUGCGCAAAUGCUUAUGUCAAUGUUGUGGACAGCGAGGACACACGAUUGCGUACUGUCCAGGUAAUAGAACAGGAACCAGCAUUCUCAAGAUGAUUAACCACCACAAUCGAAUUUAAACAGACAGAUCGCAGAUCACUGCCAUGAUUUCAGCUACAACCCCACAUUCAUCAUAAAACGUAUAUCGCAUUCGUGUUAUUUAUUCUAUUUAUUUAUUUAUUGCUUAUUUUAUUUAAAACAUUUGCUACUAAC